AUGCUUCCUCUACCACUUCUACGCCAGAUUCGCUCACGUUGUUCUCACCGACUGGGACUGAGAAGUUUCGCCUCCCAACACGAAGCCCGUCCCGGCAUCGACUCCCAGACAUUGGUCAAGCUGCAGCAACAGGAGCAAGCCCUCGCCGCCCGAAAUCGAACUGUGCCGCCUCGAGGCUCCGAUAAAUGGUUUUACUUGACUGCCAUCGGCCUUUUACUGGCCACUCCGCCGAUCGUGUACUUUUGGUGGCAGCACCGAGCUGAGCACAUGGGGAAGAAGAAGCAGGACAUGAUCAGGCAGAUUGAAGCCAACAGGAAAGCCUUUCUCGAGCAGCAGCGAUGA